AUGGUCAUGCUGGUGAGCUUCAUGGUGUUUGCCGGCAUGUGGUUGGCCCUUGCCAAGCGACCGACGAGUCAGAGGAUAGCCAAGGAGAAAAAGUUGCAUCGAGCUACGGAUGACCCCUACAGCUUUUACGAUCCUACCAGCGGUCAAAGUCAUCGAUUCUUCAAGGCCGAACUUGCUACUCGCAUCGUAUCCACCAUUCAUGCUGCUCUUGUUUGCUACGGCGCUGCAAUGGGCCUCUACACUCAUCGCAACAUGUUCCAGGACAUGCUUUGGGCCACAUCUCCUAUCGUUCGCUUUUGGUACUCGGUGUCAAUGGCGUACUUCCUUGGAGACAUCUUGCUUUGUGUGGUCAUGUUCCGCGAGUACGGCUUCAUGUUUACUUUCCACGGCAUCUGCGCUUUCGCCGCUGUCGCAAUUAUCUGUCUCGGGAACAUGUUUCACUUCUUCGGCUGCAUCGGAUUCUUGUGGGAGUUCUCAACCAUCUUCUUGAACUUGAGGUGGUUCAUGUUGGAAUAUGGCUACAAGGAAACUCUUGCCUUCAAGUUGAACGGGAUUGCCCUCGUGGUCUUCUUCUUCAUCUUCCGCAUCUUCAUUGGCUGUCCAUACUCCUUCAUCUUCUGGUCUCAACUCUCAUCAGCGCGGGCAGAAGGAAAGAUCAGCGGUGGCGUGUACUUGACGAUGAGUUUGAUGCUCGGAGGAGUCAACAGCCUCAACAUCUUCUGGGGGAAGAAGCUCAUGCACGGCCUGAUACGCUUGUUCCGAAAAUGGGGCUCACCGGAAGCUAUCAAAGAGCCCUAG